UGCGUCGCUGGCUGGCACCGCAUCACUCCUUAGUUGCCGCGUUCUUGACCUGCCUCUCCUUUCAUUGUUCUACUUUCUGAACAGCCUUUGAUUUCUUCCACUAAAGAAGACCUGGUGUCCUCUGUUGCGCUCUCUUCCGGAAGAGAAUCUGCCCGUUGCAUUCACGCACAUUUACCGACCAGACAAAACGCAUAUACCUUAUAUACCUUAUAUACUCUCGCAUCCAAGCACAUACGCAACUCACUCACUCACUCGAUCCUCCCACACAACCCAUCCCAACAACAACAACCUACUCCCUUUCCAUCAUGCACUUCUCAACUGCUUCCGUCGUCCUGGGCCUCGCCUCCCUGGCCGCCGCCCAGCUGCCCGCCGUCGCCAUCGUCCAGAAGAUCGCGCCCACGGCCACGUCGUGCGCCGACUCGAGCGAGUGCCGCACGGCCGAGCAGGCGGCGCCCUUUAUCGCCAAGAGCAUGUCCGACUACGGCAUCUACACGACGCCCGAGAUGGCCGCCAUCGUGUCCCUGAUGGCCUUUGAGUCGGUCGAGUUCAAGUACAAGCACAACGUGUCGCCCGGCCGCGCCGGCCAGGGCACCGCCAACAUGCAGAUGGCGCAGUUCAACCUGGCGUACGCGCUGAGCAUCCCCAGCCUCAAGGCCCAGGUGGCCCAGUUCACCACCGUCGACGGCCUGGCCGACGCCGACCUCAACAAGAUCCUGGCCCUGGUCCAGCCCGACGAGUUCAACUUUGCCAGCGGCGCCUGGUACUACAAGACGUACUGCGAAAAGACGGUCCAGGCGGCCUUUUGGGCGAAUGUCGAUGAUGGAUUUACAAAGUACAUGCAGUGUGUUGGAGCGGCGGUUACGGAUGACCGUCUGACGUACUGGAACAGGGCGAAGGAGGCGUUUGGA